UAUUUGAGACUCAUUUCAACAUUAAAGCAUUCAGAUAUAAGGGUUUCAAAAAACUACACCCCUACCGGUCAAUGAAACAGUCGGAAUGAGUUAUCCAACAUGGCAGCGAACAUGGACGGGAACGUGAUAUGCGAAGAUUUUCUACGAUUUCAGGAUACAUUGAAGAACAUGCGCACCAUCGACGACAAAAUAAUCUACGCACUGAAUACCACAGUUCCUACCCAGUCCUUCGCAGGCCAGGUUGAUGCCAAAGAAACUUGCAAAGAUCUAUACUCUCAGCUGGAGAAAGCUUACAGUCAGCGGGAGAAUACAAUCAGGGGAUGCAUAACACAAGUCUCCAGGACGGUGAAUAGAUUACGCGACCAGAGAACUAAAGACCCAGAUAACGUAGCCAUCAAUAGAAAUCUACGAGAGGUACGAACAAAGCUGCAACAAAUGCAAAUGGAGCUCAAUGUUGAAGAAAUUGUCAAAGAUAGAAGUUUGAAAGUAUUCCACGAGCGAUGCAGGAACCAUUACAGCCCGGCCAGUAAAUCAUCAUGACGACGUAUCAUUCCCCGUUCCAUCCAGUAGAAGACAUUUUGUAGAGAUAUAAUGUUCAUAACGUCCUUUACAUCUGUUGAUUUUUAUUGAAAAAUAUUGGACUUGAUUCAGUGAGCAAAAAUUUGGGUUUCAAACUUAAGUGUUUAAUUAUCAUAGGCGGUUGCAGGGCUAACAUAAAAAAUACUGCCAUUUGGUCUGUUCCAGUGUCAUAAGUUUUAACUUGGUGAUUUUGGGUGGGGAACACCCCCCCCCCCUCCCAAAUUGGUCAUUCCUUAGUAGGUUAAUGAAGCAAAACGUGUUAAAACAAUCCAAGGGCCCAAAUUUGUGUUUAUACCUAAGACAAUUUGUUAAAACCAAUUUUGGAUUGAGCAAAAGUCAUCUUAAGAUUAAAAAAUACUUUCAUUUUGAGCACUAUGAGAUUAUUUCAAUUUUUAAAAAAAAUUAAACUGGAAUCAAAAUUCCUGGAGUAAACCAUGUGUUUUCAAUUGUUUAGGUGUUCCUAGGCCCAGUUGGUGAUGCUUUUAAGGAAAUAAAAAUCAAAACCAAAAUAAAUCAUUUGUAUUUUAGA